AUGGCGCAGCGAGGACUGAAGAAGUUUGCGACUGAUCAUUCCAAAACGUUCCGGAGACGGAUUAAACGUGGGAUCCCGAAUCGUUACCGAUGGGUGACUUGGCAGAUUCUAACAGGUAUGGACGAGUUUUUGAAGUCGACAAAAUGCGCAAUGUUGAUACCUGAGAUAUUUGGAACACCUGUAUUGCCUCGAUGCGAUGGUCCUGGUGUAGGAGAUUUUUCUGGUGCUAUUAAGGGAGACCCUUCUGUCAACGGAGACCCUUCAGUCAACGGAGACCCUUCAGUGGGCAGUUCAAUGGCUGGUUCAAUGGCCGGUUCGGUGCACUUGGCCCCUGUCGACCCGAGCGAGCUUUCAGAAGAGAAGGUGAAGGCGCGUGCUUUCGCCAAGUUCCAGCAAGAACUGGCCCGGAGGACGGAUGAGUACAAGAAGCAGCUGUUGAAGAACAAUCGACACAUCGCGCACGUUUCCGGAAUUGCCGCAGUUCAAUAA